CUUUCCCCAGCGUUGGGGGAGAGUUCCGCCCGCUCCCUCGGCAGCCGGCUGCGGCGGCGCAUCCCCCUGCGGGGCGGGCAGGAGGAAGCGCGCCCUCCUCCUCGCUCUCCUCCCGCUCCUCCCUCCCGGUGCUGGCGGCGGCUCCUCCUUCCGCGUGUGACCCGCAGCCGCCUGCGAGCGGGGAGGAGGCGCGGCGCGGCCCCAGUGUGGCGACGGCGGGAGGAGGAGGAGCGGGAGCCGCGGAGCGACGUCCCCCCGCAGCCCCGCCGCCGGGCCCCGCCGGCGCCCCGAGCCCGACGGAGCCCCCCAUGCCCGUGUGGUGCUGCCGCUGCUCCUUGGCCGGUCCCGUCAGAAAUUACAACAGCUCUGAAACUGAAGGACAGCUCCUGAAUUCCUUUGGCCAGUAUUUUGGUGAUAGCCUUGGGAAGAAGAUAAAAAGAAUGCCUUUAUUAGAAGAAACUGUUCUGCCUGGGGACUCUCUUCUUACUCUGCCUGUGGUAAUAAUAGGAAAUGGACCUUCAGGAAUUUGUCUUUCAUAUCUACUGUCUGGGUACAGGCCGUAUUUGUCUCCUGAAGCUGUACAUCCGAACCCCAUUCUCCACACAAAAUUAGAGGAAGCCCGACAUCUUUCCAUUGUUGAUCAGGAUCUAGAGUACCUGUCUGAAGGCCUUGAGGGACGCUCUUCAAACCCAGUUGCAGUGCUCUUUGAUACACUGCUUCAUCCUGAAGCUGACUUUGGAUAUGACUACCCAUCUGUUUUGCACUGGAAGCUAGAACAGCAUAACUAUAUUCCCCAUGUAGUGCUUGGUAAAGGCCCACCUGGUGGGGCUUGGCAUGCCAUGGAAGGCUCUAUGUUAACAAUCAGUUUUGGAGACUGGAUGGAACUGCCUGGACUCACUUUCAAGGAGUGGGCAGCUAGCAAGCGCAGAAAUAUAAAGAGUGACCGAGUAAUGCCAGAGGAAAUAGCUUGUUAUUAUAAACACUAUGUUAAAGUCAUGGGCCUCCAAAAAAACUUCAGGGACAAUGUUUACAUAACGUCAGUAUCCAGACUUUACCGAGGAGAUGAUGAAGACAGAAGUCAACUGAAUGAAAAUAUUCCAACACAGCAUUUGGAAAUGCAAGAUGGACAGAAACCACUGAUUAAGCGAAACUGGGAAGUCAGAGGUUAUCAGCGAGCAACAGAUGGUUCUCAUGUGCCCUUCUGCCUCUUUGCUGAGAACGUGGCUCUUGCCACGGGAACCUUUGACUCUCCUGGCCGACUGCACGUUGAAGGUGAAGAUUUUCCUUUUGUCCUUCAUUCCAUGUCUGACUUCGGAGCUGCUGUAGGCAAAGGAAAGCUACGUGGGAAAGCAGACCCUGUGUUAAUUGUGGGUGCUGGACUUACUGCAGCUGAUGCAGUACUGUGUGCCUACAAUAACAACAUCCCAGUAAUUCAUGUGUUUCGUAGAAGAGUUACUGAUUCGAGUUUGAUUUUCAAACAGUUACCUAAAAAGCUUUACCCUGAGUACCAUAAGGUCUAUCAUAUGAUGUGCACUCAGUCACAUACUGGGGACUCUCAUCUGCAUUCUGCUUACACUAGUUUCCCUGAACACAAUGUACUUUCCUUUAAGCCUGAAAUGAAAUGUGUUCUUCAGAGUGCCUCUGGACUGAAGAAAAUCUUGAAGUUUUCUGUAGCCUUAGUUCUGAUAGGUUCUCACCCAAAUCUUUUCUUUUUAAAGGACCAAGGACAUAGCAUAGGUCAUCACUUAAAUCAGCCCAUCACGUGCAAGGGGAAUCCUAUUGAGAUAGAUCCAUAUACAUAUGAAUGCACUAAAGAAGCAAACCUCUUUGCUUUGGGUCCUCUGGUUGGAGACAACUUUGUACGGUUUCUAAAAGGAGGUGCAUUGGGCAUUGCACGAUGCUUGGCAAUAAGACAAAAGAAGAAACAUGAAUUGAUGGGCAGUGAGGAUGGAGGAGGUGAUGGGGUACCAUAAAUAAGGCAUUAGAAACUUUUCACAUAUGGAACUAGACUUAGUCUAACAAAACACUCACUGACAGCAAAAGUUGUUAGCAGUGAUACUUCUAUAUACAAGUAACCUGUGCUUGUAUUGUUUGAUAAAGGAUGCUGAUACCAUAAUACUUCCUUUUCAAAAUGCAAAGAUUUGAUCUGCUGUUACAACUGAUCUCUAUCUACUGGAAUUACUUCCAGUGAAACAGAAAAUGAGACUAACUCUUACUGACCUACCUGUCAUCUCUUGCUCAGUCUACUCUUUUGAGCAGACUUCCUCUGGAAAAAGCAAUGCAUGCCAGGGUGGGCUUACCUUUCGGUGUCAAACUUGACAAAAUAUUCCUAUCCUGAAAUUAAGUUAACUUCAAAAAGCAGAAGGCUGUUAGUAGAAAGUGAUGCUUGGUCCCAAAGCAAAUUUGGAGCCUUUUGAAGUGGGAAUUUUAUUUAUUUGCCAUAGUAAUACUUGGAACGAGCACUUACAAAAUGGUCUUUACGAUACGAAGGAUUUUCCAUAAGCAGAGAAGUGUUGGUCAGCAGUCACAAGUGACCCUAUUUGGCAAUUGGAAUAAAAGAAUAGGCAUUCAUGUUUAAUCUUCAGUGCAUGAUUUGACAAUCCAUUAAUGUUUUUUUCAUGCAAUGCCUAGAUUUUGGUGAGUAGAGAAGGACGUGACGUGAGAUGUUCCCCUGCGGUGGUAUGUACAUUCUGAGAAAACUCACCGACAUAAACAAUAAAGUACUGAUGUAAGUGCUCUUA